AUGCAGGCGUGGGUCCCACUAUUCGAAAUUUUCCUAGAUUCACCAUGCCCCGAGAGCGAGGCCUCACUAUGGCUACAGAAGAACUUCAAUCCUUCGUCCAAUUCAACUCCCAUUUCAACUGCCUCUCUCAUUUCACUGCUCACAAGACCCGUUGAGUAUUCUUCUACUCAGGGAAAAAAGGUUGUGUGGAUAGAGACACUGCCAUGUACGGUCCAGGCGAGGAUUUUCUCGUUUCUUGCGUACGACCAUCGGAGGUUCUGCAGAAGGGACCUGUGCAGGCUUGCCCAAGUCGUGCUGAGUGGGGAAGGUGUUCUCGAUUUCUGGGUCAAGAAAGCUGCUCAGCAGCUGCUCGAUUUAUUGUCCAUGUCGAACAAUAGAUGGAUUUCUCAUUUGAAUUUGGAUUCCAAGGAAGAAAACACGAAGGAGGAGUUAUUCAGCUCGAUGCCUGACUGGCUCAAAGAUGCCGGUAAAGAUGGCGAGCGGAUGUUCCCAUGGCUUCCUAUGUUGCUGGACGAGUUUAACGAGAAUAUACCCAACAGCAGUAGUGGAGUGUUAGGUACUGAAGGCAAUUUUUCAGUUGACAUUGAUGAGAGUAAUCGAGAAAUAGAAUUAGAUGAAGUGGUUCGAGAGGUUAAUGUGGAUGAAAUGAGUCUUGGCGACCCUAUAGACGAGGCAGUUGAGAUAAAGGCGAAAUCUUUGAAAACGCGGCUUCUAAAUCUCGAAUCCGCUUCGAAUGCUUCGGAAUUGGCGAAAGAAAUUCGAGAACUUUGUUUCCGGACCAAAAGGAGUUCGUUGGUAAUUUUGACCUCGGUUGAGCCGUGGAUCGUGGAUGACGAGACUGCAGCUGUUUUGAUUUCUCAUUUGUGCAGUACAACUGAAGUUUCCGAAGAGCUCGAUUGGCCGGCUCGUGUAUUGUGCUCGGUGGUCCUUCCCAAGUUUCUAGCCCUCAAAGAGCCGUGUUCUCGUGUUCUAAUGAUGGCAGUAGUUGAAUUCUGCAAGGCACACCAGAGGGCGGCUGAGUAUGCCCUUUUGUUUCCGUUGAUUUUGCGAAAGGAGGGCUUAAAUAAUCCCAUAUGUGACGUGAUCACUAGGAUCAUGAAAGAUUGCUUGCACCCGGCCCAAGUUUCCGCAUUUUGCCAGAAAGUUCUGUGUGAGGACGGAAAUGCACAGAGGUUUGUGUGUUUGGCUUGCCACAGGUGUUUGGUUGGUGAGGAUUUGGUGUAUACAGAAUCAUUGUUUUGCCUUUGGCAAAACAUCUUGACUUAUAAUGUUCGUUUGACGCGGGAUUCUGUUGAUGAGCUUGUCAGACGGGUUUGUGAGUUCAGCGAGAGGUAUUCCAAGUCUUUGCGAUUUGGAAAUUUCGUUUUGUGCCUGGUGAGCAAGUGCAGUGUAUUUGUGAAACCGCACAAGUUUUUAUUGGCUGCUGCUGUUGAGAAAACCGAGUCCUUGGUGACAAAGUCGAUACUAUCGAAAUUGUCUAGCUUGUAA